AAAUACUGAAUAUUGAAAUAUUAACCUAAAUAAGCAUUUAUUAUUGGUAACAGCUAUGGGAAUAUACAACAUGAAUGUGACUUGGCUGCUUAAAAACUGUUCCUCAGAUGGUUUAAACAUGGCCUCCGAGACUUGUUCCCAUUUAAAUUACUUCAUAAACCAUUUCCUCAAAUAUGGUACAAAGUCUAUUUUAGCACUUGUUAAGUUGUCACAAAUUCUGAGUUAGAAGACUAUGAAUUAAUGAAGUUUUACUUCCUUUUGUAAUUUCUUUCCUAGGUUUCAUCAAAGACAGUACUUUCGCUUGCUUGUUUGUUUCAUUUGAAGAAAAAUCAGCAAAAACUAUUACAAACAAUAUUUGACUGUUUGUAGUGCAAUACAAAGCUACAUCUUGAAAUUAUAACCAACAAAACUCCAGAAAUCUGUUUAAGGACACAUUUCUAAAUUUAGGACCAAGUAUAUACAGUUAACAAUCAUAAUUUCUUAGCACUCUACAUUCACUGCCAGCACUACUUUCAACGUAUCUGGUUGAUAAUGAAGCUGGCGGGGACCCAGUGGGAACAGAAGUGAGUGGUACAAAGUAAAGCCGAUAUGAAUUUAUUGCUACUGGUUUCAGGCUCCUUGCCUCCAUAGGUUUAUGCACUGAAAUGACCUGAUUAUCAGACAUACCCUCACAAUUAUUCAUAAUACCCAUAGCUAUAGGCUCCACACUCUUGCGUGUACAUUCAUGCAUCUCCACGUCACACGGGCUGUCAUGCUCACACAUGUGCCAUUAAUUGACAAGAAUGCUGCUCAAGUUGGCUGAUCAAGAGAUAGGCAGUGCAAAGGAACAGGAUUUGAGACAGCCCAGGGUUUCCUCUUCAAGUUGGUCUAAAACAUUUUUUUUUCUCAUUAACUUCCUUCCUGUUCUAACUGCCAGUACUCAGAAGUCAGAGUUGAGAGACAGAGGCACCCCGGACAGAGACGUGAAGCGCUGAAUAAAUAGAUCAAAAUGACUGAAAAAGCCCCAGAGCCACAUGUGGAGGAGGAUGACGAUGAUGAGCUGGACAGCAAGCUCAAUUAUAAGCCUCCACCACAGAAGUCCCUGAAAGAGCUGCAGGAAAUGGACAAAGAUGAUGAGAGUCUAAUUAAGUACAAGAAAACGCUGCUGGGAGAUGGUCCUGUGGUAACAGAUCCGAAAGCCCCCAACGUCGUUGUCACCCGGCUCACCCUGGUUUGUGAGAGUGCCCCAGGACCAAUCACCAUGGACCUUACUGGAGAUCUGGAAGCCCUCAAAAAAGAAACCAUUGUGUUAAAGGAAGGUUCCGAAUAUAGAGUCAAAAUUCACUUCAAAGUGAACAGGGAUAUUGUGUCAGGCCUGAAAUAUGUUCAGCACACCUACAGGACUGGGGUGAAAGUGGAUAAAGCAACAUUUAUGGUUGGCAGCUAUGGGCCUCGGCCUGAGGAGUAUGAGUUCCUCACGCCAGUUGAGGAGGCUCCCAAAGGCAUGCUGGCCCGAGGCACGUACCACAACAAGUCCUUCUUCACCGAUGAUGACAAGCAAGACCACCUCAGCUGGGAGUGGAACCUGUCGAUUAAGAAGGAGUGGACAGAAUGAAUGCAUCCACCCAUCCCUUUCCCCACCCUUGCCACCUGGAAGAAUUCUCUCAGGCGUGUUCAACACCCUGUCCCUCCUCCAUGUCCACAGCUGGGUCCCUCUUCAACACUGCCACAUUUCCUUAUUGAUGCAUCUUUUCCCACCCUGUCACUCAGUGUGGUCCCUAGCACAAGGGGCUUAAAACCGGGCUUCCACCCUGCCUUCUCCCUUUGAUCCUCCAUCAGGGCCAGAUCAUCCACGUCUCCAUCUCAAUACACAAUCAUUUAAUAUUUCCCUCUCUUAUCCCUAUUCGAGCAACUAGAGGCCAGGAAAUGGGCAAACUAUCACUAACAGGUCUUUGACUCAGGUUCCAGUAGUUCAUUCUAAUGCCUAGAUUCUUCUGUGGUUGUUGCUGGCCCAAUGAGUCCCUAGUCACGUCCCCUGCCAGACGGAGUUCUUCUUUUGUGAGAGACACUGUAAACAACACAAGAGAAUAAGAAUAAAACAAUAACUGCGUGUGUUCUGACUGAGA